UGUUCUUCUCUUUCAGGAGAUUGAAGAUGGCUUUUCAGCGAUGCUAGGUCUAUGAUGGGGAGUGUCACAGUCCGCUAUUUCUGUUAUGGAUGCCUUUUCACAUCUGCCACCUGGACGCUUUUGCUUUUUAUUUAUUUCAACUUCAGCGAAGUGACUCAGCCACUUAAGAAUGUGCCCAUCAAGGGGUCCGGGCCCCACGGACCUUUUCCCAAAAAGUUCUAUCCUCGUUUCACUCGAGGCCCAAGUCGAGUGUUGGAGUCACAGUUCAAAGUAAACAGAAUUGAUGAUAUGAUAGAUAAUCAGAUUGAAGAUCCAGAAAAAGACAACAUGAAAUUCUCGUCUGAAUUGGGUAUGAUUUUUAACGAACGUGAUCAGGAGUUGAGAGACUUGGGCUAUCAGAAACACGCCUUCAACAUGCUCAUCAGUAACCGCUUGGGUUACCAUAGAGACGUGCCGGACACCCGGAACGCCGCAUGUAAAGACAAGUCUUACCCCGCGGACCUGCCGGUGGCCAGUGUCGUCAUCUGUUUCUACAACGAAGCCUUGUCUGCCCUGCUCCGCACGGUGCACAGCGUCCUGGACCGCACGCCCGCCCGGCUCCUGCACGAGAUCAUCCUCGUGGACGACGACAGUGACUUCGAUGAUUUGAAAGGAGAACUAGACGAAUAUGUCCAAAAAUACCUCCCUGGAAAAAUUAAAGUCAUAAGAAACCUGAAGCGUGAGGGACUGAUCCGAGGAAGGAUGAUCGGAGCAGCCCACGCCACGGGAGAGGUCCUGGUGUUCCUGGACAGCCACUGCGAGGUGAACGUGCUGUGGCUGCAGCCCCUGCUGGCCGCCAUCCGGGCGGACCCGCGGACCGUCGUGUGCCCCGUCAUCGACAUCAUCAGUGCGGACACGCUCGCCUACAGCUCGUCGCCCGUCGUGCGCGGAGGGUUCAACUGGGGGCUGCACUUCAAGUGGGACCUUGUGCCCCUUUCUGAGCUUGGAGGACCAGAAGGAGCCACCGCACCCAUCAAGUCACCUACAAUGGCUGGAGGCCUGUUCGCCAUGAACAGACACUAUUUCAAUGAACUUGGGCAGUACGACAGUGGCAUGGAUAUCUGGGGAGGAGAAAACUUAGAAAUCUCGUUCCGGAUCUGGAUGUGUGGAGGUAAACUCUUCAUCAUCCCUUGCUCUAGAGUCGGACACAUUUUCCGAAAAAGGCGGCCCUAUGGCUCUCCUGAAGGCCAGGACACCAUGACCCACAACUCCCUGCGGCUGGCCCACGUCUGGCUGGACGAGUACAAGGAGCAGUAUUUCUCCUUAAGACCUGACCUGAGGACCAAAAGUUACGGGAACAUCAGUGAGCGUGUGGAGCUGAGGAGGAAGUUGGGCUGUAAAUCGUUUAAAUGGUAUUUGGAUAACGUUUACCCUGAGAUGCAGAUAUCCGGGCCCAAUGCCAAACCCCAGCAGCCCAUUUUUAUCAACAGAGGGCCGAAGCGCCCCAAAGUGCUUCAGCGAGGACGGCUCUACCACCUCCAGACCAGCAAGUGUCUGGUGGCCCAGGGCCGCCCGAGUCAGAAAGGAGGCCUGGUGGUGCUGAAAGCAUGUGACUACCGUGACCCCAGUCAGGUCUGGAUUUAUAAUGAAGAGCACGAGCUGGUCCUAAAUAACCUCCUUUGCCUGGAUGUGUCAGAAACUCGCUCGUCGGACCCGCCCCGACUCAUGAAGUGUCAUGGCUCCGGAGGGUCGCAGCAGUGGACCUUCGGGAGGAGCGAGCGGCUGUACCAGGUGUCGGUGGGCCAGUGCCUGAGAGCCAUGGACCCGCUGGGUCACAAAGGCUCUGUGGCCAUGGCGAUCUGCGACGGCUCCUCCCCGCAGCGGUGGCGUCUGGAAGGCUGAUGGGGCACCGUGGCCGGAGUGGCCAUUCCCCUGUGAGCGAGGCUGCGAGAGCAGCUCUCCUGGGAGCGGGCCCGGAGCCCUCGGCCGACAGCGAGGACAUGCCUUUUACCAAGACGUUCCCAUCGUUUCUGAGCUGCUAAGGAAUUUCUUGCUUAUGGUGAGAAACUAGAGCACAGUUUUAACUCUACAAAGGGUCAGGUGUGUACAGGAGGACAAACCCAGGAAACUGACGUUUCUGUUCAAACUUAUUUAUGCUUCUUCUUAAUUCCUUUAAUAACGGAGUUGUGUUUGAUCAGGAACUGGUCAUGAUUUCCUUUUUUAGAAGGAUUUCGUAGGAAACAAAUUUUUUUUACGUCUACUAUCAUGUCCUAAGUAAUUUUAAACAAACUGAAUCCACAUUACUUUUAACUUCAGAAGGCCUCAUUUAGAAGAGUAUAUAUUUAAGAGGCAGUUAAUGGUUAUAAAUUAUUUUGAAGAAGUAUGGUACUAUCUGCAUUUAAAAUAAAGGGUCCUUUUGAGGAUCUACCUGGGA